AUGAAGUUGGAAGCCAGUUGUGCUGCCAGCUCAGAGGCCCCUAAGCCUGAAAAGGAGGCUGAGCCAGAUGCGGAGCCACACUCAGACACCCGGCCACAGGAGGCCGCCGCCAAGUCCAGAUCUGGAUCCGGGCCUGAGGAUAAGGCCGAGCCGUUGGACUUCGUGGGCACAGAACGGGAGUUUGAGGAGGUGCUGGCCAUCUCUGGGGGCGUCUACGGUGGCCUCGACUACCUUCUCAGCCGCUACCACAGCCGGCUCCGGGAUCCCGACGGCACCUUGGUGCUGGCCAAGCAUAACGGAGUGAUCGCGCUGGAGUCGGUGCACGUGAUCGACGCCCGGGAGACCGCGCUGGUGCGGGGGCUGCGCGUGGCGUCCUGGGAGCGCGGCAAGGGCGUGGCGCGACAGCACCCGGGGGUCAAGGUGGCACAGGUCACCCGGGACGACCAGCUGGGCCCCCGGGAGCUGAAGAAAUACCGCCUAAUCACCAAGCAGAGGCGCUGGGCUCUCCAGGCCUCCGCGCCCACCCCGCGCUCACCCUUGAACCCCGCGGUGCUGCGGGUCUCUGGCACCUUCUCGCGGCUGCCCACCGAGGCCGUAUCGUCGGAGGCUGGUGGCGACGUGGCACGCCUCCUGCUGUCGCCCUCCGUGCAGCGCGACGAGCUUCCGGGCGGGACCGUCAUCCAGGAUGGGCAGCCCUACCGGCCGAGGGAGAGCAACCCACGCCUGCUGGCGGCCAAGGGCCUGGAGUGGCGCGUGGACAGCCGCGCGUGCCCGCGCGUGCUCACGCUGUGCACGCGCCCCUUCCCCAUCCCGCAGGGCGGUGACUGCACGUGGCGCUACCUCAACAUCAACGCCUUCGGCAGCGAUGGCGUGCAGGUGCAGAGCCAGCUUCUGUGGCACCUGCAGCGCUAGGCCCCGCGCCUCGCCGGCCUCAUCGUCCUGUGCCAGCUUUUCCUAGAGCCCCAGUUAUGGUCACAGCUGGCUGACUUCUGCCAGGCCGGCUUGGGGCUCGAGCUGGUCAAGGGUUAUACAGAGCAGUACCUGCUGGAGGCCGACAGCUAG